AUGUUGCUGCACAUUGGUGAUAUUGCCUAUGCUGGGGUUGGUUCCAUUCAGGAGGGUGAAAUGGAAUUUUUAUGGGAUGAAUAUAUGAAUCAAAUUCAAGCUUUGGCUACUUUGAUGCCUUAUCAAGUUACAGUUGGAAAUCACGAGAAAUAUUAUAAUUAUACUGCUUUUCAAUUUCGAUUCCACAUGCCUAAAAGUAACGCAUUUCCUUCUAAUUUUUGGUAUUCCAUGCAAUGGGGAUCAGCAUAUGUUAUUGUGAUUAGCACUGAACAUGAUUAUACAAAUGGUAGUGAACAAUUUCGUUUUAUUGAACAAGAACUCCAGAAAGCAAAUGAUCUCAAAGGAAGGUCUGUUGAAUGGAUUAUUAUUUCCGGACAUCGUCCUUUCUAUUGUAGCGAUGCAGAUGAAUUAAGUCAACACACUCCUGGUUCUCCUUUAUUAAAUACUUUCGAAGAAUUGUUCAUUAAAAAUCGAGUUGAUUUAGUUCUUGGAGGUCAUAUGCACGUUUAUGAACGAGCUGGUCCUGUCUUUAAUGGAACUCAAAUAGCUCCUCCAACAAUUCCAAACACUUAUACGAAUUCUCCCUGGCCUUUAUACCUCACCCAAGGUACUGGAGGAAUUGCCGUUGGUGAAGACAAGUUUAUUAAUCCUUCACCCGAAUGGUCAGUUGUUCGUUAUACUCAUUUUGGAUUUGGAAGAUUAACCUUUCAAGAAAAAGAUGGAAAUGCUCUACUUAUUUAUGAAUAUAAAGCUAACGGAAAUCCAACCCCUCUCGAUUCAGUUACUUUAGUUCACACUCACUAA